AUGAACUCUGUCAUAAUCUAUAUUUUCAUUUUUCACUGGUUCCAAUCCAAUGCAGUGAUUCCCACGGUUCUAGACAUAGUGGUCAACGUCCCAGGAGGAAAGCAGAUUCUGCUCAAGGGAAUAUCAACAGACCGCAUAUGGGACGUUCGACGGCUCCUGGCCGUACACGUGGACACAUGCCACUUCACCAACUUCUCCCUCGCACACGAGGUCCGCGGUCCUCAUCUGCGUGACUCCGUGGAUGUGGUAGCACUGAAGCCUUGCGUCCUUGACCUUGUUCAAGAGGAGUACACGGAGGCAUCUUCCAAGGCCCACAUCCGCCGGCUGCUUGACAUCGUGUCCUGCACUCUCGCCUUUGGACCCUCAACCAAGCAACGCGAGGAGGCUGAAGCAGCUGCUGCAGCAGAAGCAGCAGAAGCAGCGCCGUCUGCCUCUGCAGCUGCAGCAGCAUCUGCACUGACGUCCGGUUCCCCUCACCAAGGCAGCAAUGCUGGUCCGGCAGAAACCGAGCCUACAAACCCAGGCGGUGCUGACUCAGCCCUGGUCCCCUUCCAUGAACCACCUCCCGAGGCGAGCAGCAGCGUGGCGGAAUUCGGUAAAGUGCUGGGGUUGGGGGACGUGGGAAGCUUCCUCAAGAAGAAGCCGGGCGAAGCAGCAAGCGCGGGGGGGGACCAGGCAGGGACUCAGGGGGCAGGAGGAAGGGACGUGGCGGUGGCAGGAGCAGAAGGUGCGCAAAAGCCGGGGAAAGAGCUGCAAAAGGUGGGAAAGGAGGCGGGGAAAGAUUUAGAGAAGGAGGCGGGGAUAGAGGUGGGGAAGGACCUGUUUGUGACGGGCGCGGAUGGCAAGCGGCGGUUUAAGGGGAAGAGGGAGGCGGUGGAGGCUAUGGCGGCGGCAGCAGCGGCCACAGAGAAGGGCGACAUGACAGGGAUGUUCCCUGAGGAGUCGAAGCUAGGGGAUUUUUACGAGUUUCUGUCUGCUGCUCACCUCACUCCGCCCAUUCAAGCCAUCCGCAGGUCCCUGCGCGGGUCCGCCAAGGGCAAGGGGGCAGAGAAAAGCGGCGCACAGGACAUGCCGGAUAUGGGCACUGAGCUCUUCCCCAUAGAGGUGCGGCUGUGCACGGGGAAGACGGUGCUGGUGGUUGCCACCACCCAGGGAUUCCUGUGCCCCAGGAACAGGCUGCACGCACCCACACUCGUGGGCCUUCUGCGCCUCAUGAGCAAGCCCUUCGCCAAGGCCUAUGACGACUUGCUUGCUCUCUUUCUGGAAAGAAACAAGUUUGGCAACACACCCUACGGUUUCAGGUCCAACACGUGGGUUAUCCCUCCGCUUGCGGCUGCCAAUCCAUCCUCCUUCCCCCAGCUCCCCAUGGAAGAUGAUGCUUGGGGAGGGAACGGUGGCGGUCAUUGCUGGCAGGAGGAGCAGGAGGAACAAGAGGAGCAGGAGAGAAGGGAAACGAACUCAAGGGCGAGGGCAGUAGCAAGCAGGGACUGGGCGAGGGACUUUGCAGUGCUCUCUCUCCUCCCCUUUGACACUCCUGAGGAGCGUGUGGUGAGGGAUCGCAAGGCGUUCCUCCUGCAUUCCGUCUUUGUGGACACGGCAACUCGCAAAGCCGUCACUGCCAUCAACACUGCUGCUGCGGCGGCGGCGGCAGCAGCUUCUGGGGGGGCGGCAGCAGCUGCUGGGACCGUCACGGGUACCCCAGCCGAGGACGUGUCGCUGAGUCGGGCUUCUGCCGAGCCUGGAUUGCCGGGCUCAGUAGCAGCGGUGGAAAAAGGGCUUCUGCUGGUGGAGCAGCAGGGGGGGAUGCGUGUGACUGUAAUGAAGGGCGAGGAGGACCCGAGUGGGAAGGUGCUGUCGAAAGUGGAGGUGGGGUGGAGGAGGGUGGCGGAGGGGGAGAGGGAGGAGGAGAAGGAGUGCAUGGUAACGAAGAGCCUUUUGAAGGGGAUUUCUGCUGAUGAAAGCACGGCAGUGCAUGACCUAGAGUCCCUGGGCACAGUCAUUGUUCACUUGCACGGCCUCACAGCGCGAGUGACCGUCCCUGACGCCCCUGCUCGCGCCCAGACGCUCCAGGCGCAGCUGCAGGCGCUGCGAGAGAAGAAGGCGGAUAGAGAUGGCAAGGAGGGCAGGACGGGCGGAUUGGCAGAGGAUGGGGAGGAGAAAGGGGCUGGCGAAGGAGGUGGUGGGGUACGUGCAAGGGAGAGAGAGAGGGUGGCGGAGCGAAAGUCUGAAAGGGAGGAGGAACGGAAGGAGGAGGAGAAGGAAGGGGAGGAGAGGUUGUUGGAGCUGGAUGUUCCAGAGCAGGAGGAAGCAGGCGCCAAUGCACUGAACGCCAACAGCCCUGCAUCGAGCAGCACCACCACAAGCAACACUACCACGAGUGUCCCCGCCACUUCUCCUGCUCCAGCUGCUGCUGCUGCUGCAACUCUGCGUCAGGUGCUGUCUAUUGGGCUGGGCCGUCUGCAGCAGGAGGAGGAAGCCCAGGAGAGGCAGCGGAUGGCUAGGAAGAGUGCCUUAGCGGAGAAGCUUGUAAAGGGGCAGGAUGUAGUGGCGGAGGGAGGGAAGGGAGUGGAGGAAGGGGUGAUGGUGGUGAAGGGUGAGGCAGCUGGGGCCACAGAACACCUGCAGAACCCACCCAAGGAGGAGGAGAAGAGCGCAGAGAGUGGUGAGAAGAAGGAUACAGCAGGUGGGGCUCAGGGGGGAGAAGUCAAGGAGAAGGAUGACGGUGUGAAGGCAGGUAGUGGAGGAAAAGAGGGGGGAGCGGAGGGAGCAAAGAGUGGGAGUGUUGCAGCAGAGGCAGGAGCAGGUGCUGCAGCUGCAGCUGCAGCUGCCACUACUGCUGAUGCUAACACGUCUGCUUCCACUACAGGAGCUGUUCUCCCUGCGACUGCUGGUGCGGGUGAGGGGGAGGCACCAGUUGGGAUGCAAGAGGAGCCCUUGGCAGCAGGCAGGGAAGGGGAUGAGCUGCUGGAGUUGCUGGGUGAGAGCAAGUAUGAGAAGCUCAAGAAGGCGGACGUGGGGCUGCAUGCUAUGGUGAGCCGCCCUGCUGCCUUCCUCUGUCCUGAGCGUGAUGAUAUAUUUUCUUUAGAUGUCCCACAAACGGGGAGAGCUGCUGCAGCUGCUGGCCGAGAAAAGUGGCUGCAUGCUGCGUGGCACGCACAACUGUGCCCUCUUGAGGUCGCUAACUUCGCCCUUUUGGACCUCGCCCCUGUGGAUGGUUGCACACUCACUGACCCGCGAGCUUCAAACAGCCUCCUUAUCUCUUUGCUCCACUCCAUCCCCCCUCUCCCCCCUCGCCCCGCCUCUCCUGUGCGCCCUCUCAAGGUCUCUGACUUCGCCUCGCUGGAGCUCUCUCCAGUCGAUGGGCGCACACUCACUGAUUUCAUGCAUACCCGCGGCCUGCGCAUGCGAUCUCUCGGCAAAGUGGCUGCACUAGCAGACAAGCUGCCCCAUGUGCGGUCCUUGGCUGUACAUGAGAUGGUGGCGCGGGCAUUAAAGCACGCUAUCCAAGCAGUGGUCACCACCACUGCACUCUCCACUGCUGCCGCUGCACCUGCUGCUGCUUCUGCUGGUGCUGGUGCCUCCAGUUCCUUGGUAGCAGCCAGCAUAGCUGCUACUUUCAAUGCCAUCUUUGGGUCGUCCGUGCAUAAAAAGGGCGCAACUGCGUUCUCUAACAAUGACGGUAGCAAGGGGGAGGACAAGGGAGCGGGGGAUGCGGAGGCGUCGCUGGGAGGCAUGGUGUGGCAGUGGGUGCGUGUGUUUGCACGAGUGCGGUUUGGCUUCAACCUAGACGAUGAGGCGCUGGCGAGUCUGCGCAUGCUCUCGCUGCUCAGAGCUCUCUGCCUUAAGGUGGGCAUUGAGAUCUCUCCCAAGUCGUACGACUUCAACUCGCCCACGCCCUUCCACGCCACUGACAUCGUCUCCAUGGUUCCUGUUCUCAAGCACGUGCUGUGCACGUCAGCUGAUGGUCGCACACUGCUUGAGGCGUCCAAGGCAGCUCUCGACAAGGGCAAGCUCGACGAAGCGGUUUCUUGCGGUACCAAGGCCCUAGCGAAGCUGAUAGCGGUGUGUGGGGCGUAUCACCGCAUGACAGCAGGGGCGUACAGCCUGCUGGCAGUGGCCCUAGCGAAGCUGAUAGCGGUGUGUGGGGCGUACCACCGCAUGACAGCAGGGGCGUACAGCCUGCUGGCGGUGGCCCUAGCGAAGCUGAUAGCGGUGUGUGGGGCGUAUCACCGCAUGACAGCAGGGGCGUACAGCCUGCUGGCGGUGGCCCUAGCGAAGCUGAUAGCGGUGUGUGGGGCGUAUCACCGCAUGACAGCAGGGGCGUACAGCCUGCUGGCAGUGGCCCUAGCGAAGCUGAUAGCGGUGUGUGGGGCGUACCACCGCAUGACAGCAGGGGCGUACAGCCUGCUGGCGGUGGUGCUGUACCACACAGGGGACUUUAACCAGGCCACCACCAAUCCUCUCCUUCCGUCCCUCCUGCCCUCCCUCAUGCCCUCUAUCCUGCUCUCCCUCCUGCUCUCCCUCCCUCACACACAAUGGCAGGCCCUGACAAAGCUCAUCUCAGUGUGUGGGGCGUAUCACCGCAUGACAGCAGGGGCGUACAGCCUGCUGGCGGUGGUGCUGUAUCACACAGGGGACUUCAACCAGGCCACCAUCUACCAGCAGCGCGCUCUUGACAUCAACGAGAGAGAGCUGGGGCUGGACCACCCUGACACCAUGAAGAGCUACGGCGACCUGGCUUCAGCGAGGGAGCUGGGGCUGGACCACCCAGACACCAUGAAGUGCUACGGCGACCUGGCGGUGUUUUACUACCGCCUCCAGCACACAGAGCUGGCCAUCAGGUACGUGCAGCGGGCGCUGUACCUGCUGCACCUCACAUGCGGCUCGGAGCACCCCAACAGCGCGGCCACAUACAUCAACAUGGCCAUGAUGCUGCACGGCCUCUCCCAGCUCCACCUCGCCCUGCGCUACCUGCACCGCGCGCUGCGCUGCAACCACCGCCUGCUGGGCCCCGACCACAUCCAGACAGCCGCGAGUUAUCACGCAAUCGCCAUCGCGCUCUCUCUCAUGGACGCGUACGCGCUGUCAGUGCAGCACGAGCAGACCACGCUCAACAUCCUGCAGGCGAAACUGGGCCCUGACGACCUGAGAACCCUGAACGCGGCGGCAUGGCUGGACGCGGCGGCAUGGCUGGAGUACUUUGAGAGCAAGGCAGCGGAGCAGCAGGAGGCAGCCCGCACAGGAACGCCCAAGCCAGACGCCACCAUCGCGUCGAAAGGGCACCUCAGCGUGUCGGACCUGCUCUCAUUCAUCAACGACGAGGAGCAGGGGCGGAGGGAGGUGAUUCAGGAGAUCAUGCGCAAGCGAGGCCGACGCCCCUUGCUCAAGUCCAAGGGCGAUCGCCUCAUAGCAGCAGCGCCACACAACACUGCCACCGGUGGAGAAGAAACAGCAGAGAAAACGAGCUCAGGACUGUCCAAGGGCGAUCGCCUCAUAGCAGCAGCCACCGGUGGAGAAGAAACAGCAGAGAAAACGAGCUCAGGACUGGUUGAGGCUUCUACUGGCGAAGUUCCUGCCUCUGGAGCAGAGGGGGAUGACUCUGACGGAUGGCAGACGGCAUGCAGCCGCGCUCACAGGCACAGCCACCAGCGCAAGGCGGCAGCUGCUGCUACUGGAGCAGGAGCAGGAGCAGGAGCAGGAGCAGGAGCAGGAGCAGGAGAAGGAGGAGGAGGGAUGGUCGUUGGGGGGGUUAAGGCAGCUAGUAGGGGUGUGGUAAGGGGAGGGGAUGCUAGGGGCAAACGGGCUGGUCCCAAGCAGCUAGUGCAGGCAGCAGCAACAGCAGCAGCAGGAGGAGGAGCAGCAGCAGCAGCGGCAGCAGUAGGAGGGGGAGGGAGCGUGGCAGGGGAGAGUAGCAGGCAGAAGGUGGGCCCUGGCAUUUCGCCUGUCACUCCUGCCCCUGGAGCUGCUUCUUCCCAUACGGCAGCUGCUGCCAACGUUGCUGAAGCGAUCCCUGCUGCUGCUGCUGCUGCUGCUGCUGCUACUGCUGGCGGUGGUGCUGCAGCUGGGGAUGUGAACCCCACGGCCGUGGCCCUAGCAGCACCUGUGCGAGAGGGCCCCAUGACCCGCUCCUGGAAGGAGAUCGCUCUUCUGCCACCUGGCAAAACGCCAUUGGCUGCUGCACCAGCGGUGCCAGAAUCUGCGGCUGGAGUUUCAGCGACAGAUGAGAAUGGCCCUGCCAGUGCGACCACUGCAGGAGGUACGAGCAGUGGAAGCAGUGACAACCCAGCAACAGCUGUAGCAGCUGUCGCACCUGUAGCAGCUACAGCAGCCAGAGGCAGCUCUGGAGCAGUCACUAGCACGAGCCCCAGUUGUGCUGCAGGUUCUGAUGCGGCUGCCAACAGUAAAAUCCCUGCUGCUGUCGCUACAAGCACUGCUGUCGGUACGACCAGUGGCGACAAGACCGCUGGAACAACAGGGAGGACGCAGCAAGCGGAGCAGGUGGGAGGGAAGACAAGUCAAGCUGAGGAGAGCGGUGGUUUGGCUGGGAAGAAACCAGCGGGAGAGGAAAUGGCAGCGGGGGUGGGGGUGGUAGGGAAGGCGACUGCUACUGCUGUCACUACUGCUGCUCCUGCGGCGGCUGCUCCUGCUCCCACCACCAUCACACCAUCCACUCCUGCUGCUACUGCCCCCACAUCCCCUGCCGCCACAGCCCCCACACCUGCUCCAGCUAUUAAGCCCAUGAAUCCUCACGCUCUCGAGUUCGUUCCAGGAAAGAACUGGGGUGCCUUUGGGCCAGCUGCUGCAGCAGCCCAUCCUGCUAACUCACAAUCCGCAGUGGCAGCAGGAGCAGCAGUGGUGGCAGAAGCAGCAGGAGGAACGGGAGGAGCAAAUGUGGUGGGGUGGAGAGCGGUGCUUAGUGGUGGUGUAGGUCCUGGUAACGGGAUGGCUGGGGAGGGGACUGCUGGUGGUGUUGCUGGUGGGGCUGCUGGUGGGGCUGCUGGUGGUGCUGCUGGUGGGGCUGCUGGGAAGGUAGGAAGUGGGGAGAAGGCAAAGACACACGGCAAGAGAGGGAAACAGAGCAAGGGGGGCAAGCACGAGCAGCAGUGGGAGCGCAAGGGGAAGAGCGAGCAAGUGGGGGCGGAGGGUAAGGAAGCGAACGAGAAUGGAAAGGAAGAGCCAGCACUGGUUAAGGAGAAUGGGAUUGUGCUACAAAGGGAUGCGACAAGAGAGGGCGAGAGGGAGGAUAAGGGAAGGGGGAAUGAGAAGGUAAGGGAGAGUGAGGAGAAGGGUAGCAAGGAUGAGGAGAAGGGUAGCGUUAAUGAGGAGAAGGCAAGGGAGAGUGAGGAGGAGGUGAUUGAGAUUGUGAAGGUGUGUGUUUCCGAGACUGUGGUGUCUGGGGAUGGUGGUUGUGACCCUCCCCGGCCCUGCGAGAAUGAGAGGGGUGUAGCGGAAGGGAAAGGGGUUGAAAACGAUAAGGUAGAGAAGGUACUUGAGGAAGAGACAGAGGAGCAGGAGGAUGGACAGGUAAUUUCAAUGCUCUCUCUGAGCGACUCUGGCAGUGAUCCAGAGAGCGAGGAGGUGAAAGAGGGAGAAAGGGGUGAUGUGGAUGACAAGAAUGGAGGGAGUAAGAAGAUGGAGGGGAAGGGAGGAAAAGGUGAGCAGGCAAAGGGGAGGCAGGAGGCAGGGAAACCUGGCAUGAAAGUGUCGAUGUCCUGGGCCGAUAUGGCUGAUGUAAUGGAUGAGGAGGAUAGGGCAGAGACGACCGAGAGGAAGGGAGGGAAGGUUCAGCAGUCGAAGGGACUGCAGGCGGGGAAACCAGGGCUGAAAAUGUCAAUGUCUUGGGCCGAUAUGGCUGAUUUGAUGGAUGAAGAGGAUAGGGCGGAGGCCGCAGCUGAUGCUGCUGCUGUGGAUAAGGAGGUGGCACAUGCAGCAGCUGUGGCUGCGCUGGGGAGGGGCCAACAGGGGACUGAUGGCACUGGUGGUGGGAGGGCAGCAAGAGAGGGGAGGCGGCGCAGUGGGAGGGGUGGGGGGAGAGCUCAGGGCAGGGGCCAUGGGGCAGUGGAGGGUGGGGAGCAUGCAGCAGCAGGGAGACAGAUGAGUGGGUUGCUUGCUGGUGGUGGCGAGGAGGGAGCGCAAGUGGGAGGGAACGGGGAAGAGAAGGGAGAAGAGAAGGGGGAAGAGAAAGGGGAGGGGACAGGGGAGGGGGAGGAUGGAUUCACAGUGGUGACGCCUAGGAGGAAGAAGCCUCCUCGCAGUGCAGGCCACGGACGACAGGUAGGUGUUCAAAGCGGUGCGGUGCUCUGA